AUUUAAAAAAAAAAAAGGGCCAAAUUUAAAUACCUGUGGUUGUUUUUUCCCGGAAAAUCUCGUCCACGAGCUUCACUUUCUCUGAAACUCACCUUCAAUUCCCAGCAAAAAAGUUUCCACCUUUACCCACUUCCCAUCAAUUUUAUAGAACUUUCAAUCCCAAACUAAAGAUCGGAAAUCAAUUCUAGUGACAGCCACUCCGUCACUGAAUCAUGUAAUUCCGACAGUUUUGGCCUUGGUUUGGUGAUAAGUAAUGGUGGGGAUGAGAGAAUGAUUGGAGCGCCACUCCUACAAGCGCCACUCUUCCCAAAAGAGGAACUAAUACCAAGAAACCCAGAAUUCAACUUGAAAUCAAAAGAGAGAGAGUGUUUGCACCUGUUGAAGAGAUGCAACGAUGUGGAGGAGCUCAAGCAGGUCCACUCCAGAUUCGUCAAGCUCGGCCUCUUCUGGUCUUCUCCUUUCUCCACGAGCAGCAUUUUAUCCGCCUGCGCUCUCUCGGGCUGGGAGGACGGCAUGGAUUACGCCGACUCUGUUUUCCGAGUGAUUGAUGAUCCGUGUGCCUUCGAUUUCAACACAAUGAUCAGAGGGUACGUAAAGGAAUCGAGAUUCGAGGAAGCUUUGGAUGUUUAUAACGAGAUGAUCGAGAGAGGGAUCGAACCGGAUAAUUUCACGUACCCGGCUCUCCUCAAGGCUUGCACUAGGAUGAAGGCGGUUCGACAAGGGAAGCAGAUUCACGGGCAUGUCUUCAAGCUCGGCCUCGAUACUGAUAUCUACGUGCAGAACGGCUUGAUCCAUAUGUACGGAAAAUGUGGAGAAAUAGCACUUUCUCGUGCGGUGUUUGAGAAGUUGGAAGCCAAGACAGUUGCUUCUUGGAGUUCCGUGAUUUCAGCUCAUGCCGGGGAGGGAAUGUGGAUCGAUUGCUUGAGGUUAUUCCAAGAAAUGUGUAGAGAGGAUGAUCUGAGAGCAGAGGAAAGCGCGUUGGUCAGUGCCCUCUCGGCUUGCGCUAACACGGGUUAUCGCAAUCUGGGAAUGAGCAUACAUGGCUUCCUGUUAAGAAACAUAAGUGAACACAACAUUAUAGUCGAGACGUCGCUCAUAGAUAUGUAUGGUAAAUGCGGGUGCUUAGACAAAGCAUCGAGAGUUUUUAAUCAGAUGGAAACUAGGAACAAUUUGACUUACAGCGCGAUGAUCUCGGGACUCGCCCUCCAUGGCCAAGGAGAAGCGGCUUUGAGGACGUUCUCGGAGAUGGCGGAAGAAGAAGGGUUUGAACCGGAUCAUGUCGUGUAUGUCAGUGUUCUCAAUGCCUGUAGCCAUUCCGGCCUCGUCAAAGAAGGCCUUCAAGUCUUCGAGAAAAUGAUGAUGGAAAAUAAGGUGGAACCGACGGUUCAACACUACGGCUGCCUGGUUGACCUUCUGGGAAGAGCCGGGCUGCUUGGGGAAGCCAUGGAAAUCAUCCAAAGCAUGCCUGUCGAGCAGAAUGAGGUUGUCUGGAGAAACUUACUCAGCUCAUGCAGAGUUCAUCGUAACACCGAGCUAGGCCAGAUCGCAGCUCGGGAACUACUUAAGCUAAACUCACACAACCCCGGUGACUAUUUGUUGAUCUCCAACAUGUAUUCACAGGCUCAGAUGUGGGAAGAUGUAGCUAGGGUCAGAACAGAAAUGGCAGUCAAGGGUUUAGCCCAAAUACCGGGAUUCAGCCUGGUCGAGGUAAAAGGGAAAACCUACAGGUUUGUAUCACAGGAUAGGGCUCACCCACAAUCAAAAGAAAUCUACAAGAUGAUACACCAGAUGGAAUGGCAGCUAAAAUUCGAAGGAUAUUCACAAGACACUACACAGGUAACACUCAAUGUAGAGGAAGAGGAAAAAAGAGACAGACUAAAAGGGCACAGUCAAAAGCUGGCUAUUGCCUUUGCACUGUUAUAUACAUCCCCAGGAUCUACUAUCAGGAUAGCUAGAAAUCUGAGAAUGUGUGGUGACUGCCACACUUAUACUAAAAUGAUCUCCAUGAUCUAUGAAAGAGAGAUUGUUGUAAGAGAUAAAAACAGGUUCCACCAUUUUAAAGGUGGAGUUUGCUCCUGUAAAGAUUACUGGUGAUUCAGCUGCUUCACUGUCCCCUAUUUUCU